AGUGUGUUCCAACAAACGAGAUAGUAGUGUAGCUCGAGAGAGUCUCUCGGGAGGCUGAACUAGCCACAAGUUGUGGUGAACCAGGGUAAAAUUGGUGUGCCUCGUUCUUUUCUCUUUACUUCUCGCUUAUUCAUUUUUAUUCCUGCGAUUUCUUGAUCAAACGCUAUUCACCCCCCCCCCUCUAGCGUUGGUCUAUUAUUCUAACAAUUGGUAUCGGAGCCUAACUCGCGUCCAAACUUAACCGUUUGAGAGUAAAGCGAUCAUGGGCUCUUCUUCUAGAAAUCUCUAUGCAGGAAUUGGAGAAGGUCAAUCAACCUCUAGGCCACCACUCUUUGAUGGCACCAACUACUCUUAUUGGAGGGAACGGAUGAUUAUCUAUAUUCGUUCCACCAACUUCCAAUUGUGGUUGGUGAUCAAAAAUGGCGAAGAAAUCCCUAUGAAGAAAGUGGGAGAAACCACGGUCCCAAAUACCGAAAACGAAUUUGAUGCCGAGGACAUCAAGAAGAUCGAAAACUAUGCAAAGGCCAUCAAUAUGCUAUAUUGCGCGGUCAACCCCGAUGACUACCGAAAGAUCUCCUGUUGCACAACCGCCAAGAAGAUGUGGGACAAGCUUGAAGUGACGUACGAAGGUACCGAUCAAGUUCGCGAAGCCAAGAUCGACUUCCUCACCCAAGAGUACGAAAUGUUCCGGAUGAAAGAAGGUGAGAAAAUUGAUGACAUGUUCGACCGGUUCUCAAAGAUCAUCAACGAUCUUCAUGCUCUCAAAAAGACCUACACCAACAAGGAUCUUGUGAG